AUGGUUGCUGACUUUGCAAAACUAAUGUUCAAUCAAUUCCAAAUGAGCAUGAGUCGGGUGUUAAGCUUCUUUCUUGGUCUCCAAGUUAAACAGACUAACAGAGGAAUUUCCAUUCACCAAGAGAAGUACAUUUCGGUACUCCUUAAAAAGUACUCAAUGGACACAUGUGCCUCAGCCAAGGUACCAAUAGGCUUCGGACACAAUAUCAUUUCCGACCCUUCCAGUGUUGCAAUUGAUGAAAAGAAGUACAGAGGAUUGAUUGGAUCUCUGCUCUAUCUUACCACAAGUCAUUUGGACAUCAUGUUUUCCACAUGUUUGUGUUCCAGAUUUCAAGUCACCCCAAAGAUGUCUCAUCUUUUGGAUGUGAAGCAAAUUUUCCGAUACAUCAAAGGAACAAAGAAUCUCAGAAUCUGGUACCCAGCAAAUGAGAGCUUCCUACUUCAAGCAUAUUCAGAUUCAAACUAUGGUGGUCUACAACUUGAUAGAAAAAGCACAUCAGGUGGCUGUCAAUUUUUAGGUGCUCGAUUGGUUAGUUGGUCAUCCAAGAAAUAG